AUGACAGUCUACGCCUCCAAAGCCGCCUUCCAAUCUCUCGGUCUCGAAACCAUCAAGCUGUCAUCCACAAACCUCACGCAAGACUGCUCCAUCUGCCAACAGCCCCUCGCCAUGCACCCGAACCACACCAGCCCGCGCUCCCUCCAGCGCGGCUACCACCCCACCGUACACAUCAACGCCUGCGGCCAUACACACGGCGCUCUCUGUCUCUCCGCCUGGCUCGACGUUGGCAACUCCUGCCCAACCUGCGCGCGCAUCCUCUUCAAAACCAUCAGCGACGCCAUCGCGCAGCAAGAUAUCAAUGACAUCGUGCACACGCUGGGGCCAGAGUACGGCGAGGCGCGCGUUAUGGUAUCAGUUGUGGGGGUUAUGCAGACCCGGGAGCGGGAGCGGGAGGCGUUGAGGCGGAUACACGAGUUCGAGGUUGAUGCGCAGAAGAGGAGGGAUAGGGAGGCUAGGGAUAGAGAGUUUGCGUUGGGGGACGAGGACUUCUUGGAUAGUGAGGAGGAGGACUUUGGGGAUGGGGAGGAUGGGGAGGAUGGGGACGGGGAUUUUGAAGUGUCAGAUGGUAGUGAGAUUUCAUAG